AUCAAGUUAUUGAAAUAAAAAUGGAUUGGAGCAUAUAUAUGAAUAAAUCAUUAAAUUUAGCCAAAGAAGCAUUAAAAGCAGGAGAAGUACCUGUUGGUUGUAUAUUUGUUGAUAAUGAUGGUAAUAUUUUAGCUUCCGGUCGUAACACAGUUAAUGAAACUAAAAAUGCAACUAGACAUGCUGAAAUAAAUUGUAUUGAUAUUAUUAUUGAAGAUGGUUUAUUAGAAAAACUGUCAACUAUAACCGUCGUUGUUACAGUAGAACCUUGUAUAAUGUGUGCAGCAAUGUUGACAAAUAUUGGAUGUACUAAAAUUAUUUAUGGUUGUGCUAAUGACCGUUUUGGUGGUUGUGGUACUGUACUUAUGGUGCCUGGAUUAGAAAAACUUAAAGUUCAAGGUGAUUUUUAUGGAAAUCAAUCAAUGGAUUUACUGAAACAAUUUUACAAAGGUCAAAAUCCUAAUGCUCCUAAGAAUAAAGUUAAAAGAAAAGCAAUAAAACUAUAAAAGAAAAAAUUAAUUUGUUUUUAUAUUCAUAUAUUUAUU